AGCAGCUGACACGGCGCAGAGCCAGCCCUCCGGACACCCUGCACUUGGCGGCGCAUACGGCAGAGAAAUGGCUUCUUGGAGACUCUGCCAGCUGGUCCUUCGCGCUGUACCCCGGGCACAAGCAGCAGCGGCUGCCCCCCGGGCCAUGUAUGUCAGCAGAGCGAUGAGCUCCGGAGGCGGUAUUCCCACUGACGAGCAGCAGGCAACUGGACUUGAGAGAAAAAUCCUCGAAGCUCUGAAGAAAGGAGAGGAUCCUUACAACAUAUUAAAGCCAAAGUCCUAUUCUGGAACGAAGGAUAAUCCACAUAUUGUGCCGUCAGUCAACAAACAAAGACUUGUGGGUUGCAUAUGUGAAGAAGACAAUUCUCAGGUCAUUUGGUUUUGGAUCCACGAAGGCCAUGUGCACCGCUGUCCUGAGUGUGGCGCUCACUACAAACUUGUACCUUAUGAGCUGCCACACUGAUUGCUUGCAGUGACCAUGCAUACCACUUACUGACCCUAAAAAAUGCUUAAUACAUUUUUGACCUAUUGAUUGUAA